GAGGUUCAUGCGCAUGCGCAGUUCACGUAUAGCGACUCACGCCUUGUCUUCAGUUUGACAUCGGCGCCGGCUGAGAGUUCAAUCUCCGUUUUUCACUGUAGUUGCUCUCGGAGGGUUCUAGAAAGAUGCAGGCACCUAUUAUCCUUCUAAAAGAAGGCACCGAAAACAGUCAAGGCAAGCCGCAAGUGGUGAGCAACAUCAAUGCCUGCCAAGCAGUCGCCGACGCGGUUAGGACUACGCUGGGCCCUCGUGGAAUGGACAAACUCAUCGUGGAUUCUUCUGGAAAGACGGUAAUCACAAAUGACGGCGCGACGAUCAUGAAACUACUGGAGAUCGUGCAUCCCGCUGCCAAGACGUUAGCUGACAUAGCAAAGUCUCAAGACGCCGAAGUCGGCGACGGAACCACCACGGUUGUUUUGUUAGCCAGCGAGUUUUUGAAACAGUGCAAGCCGUACGUGGAAGAAGGCAUUCAUCCUCAGGUGAUCAUAAGGAGUUUUCGAAAGGCAGCUCAGCUUGCAGUGGAGAAGAUCAAGGAGAUAGCGGUGAACGUGAAGAAAGACGACCUGAACGAACAUCGUGAGCUGCUGGAAAGAUGCGCGGCGACCACGCUGGGAUCAAAGUUGGUAGCCAGCAAGAAAGAGUUCUUCGCCAAGAUGGUCGUCGAUGCUGUCAUGCAAUUGGACGAGUUGCUGCCUCUCAACAUGAUUGGCAUAAAGAAAGUGCAGGGAGGAGCCCUGGAAGAGUCGCAGCUGGUCGCAGGGGUCGCCUUCAAGAAGACCUUCUCGUACGCGGGCUUCGAGAUGCAGCCCAAGAAGUACGAGAACCCAAAGAUCGCCCUCCUCAACGUCGAGCUGGAGCUGAAGGCGGAACGGGACAACGCGGAGGUGCGCGUGGACAACGUCAGGGAGUACCAGGACGUCGUCGACGCGGAGUGGGCCAUCCUCUACGAGAAGCUGCAGAAGAUUCACGAGAGCGGAGCCAAGGUGGUGCUGUCCAAGCUGCCGAUCGGAGAUGUGGCCACGCAGUACUUUGCCGACAGGGACUUGUUCUGCGCCGGACGGGUUGCAGACGAGGACCUGCGACGGACGAUGAAGGCAUGCGGAGGAUGCAUCCUGUCGACGGUGUUUGACCUCAAGGAAGAGAACCUUGGCACCUGCGCUGUCUUCGAAGAGAAGCAGGUCGGAGGCGAGCGCUACAACUUCUUCAAGGGCUGUCCGCAGAGCAAGACGGUCACCCUGAUCCUGCGCGGAGGCGCGGAGCAGUUCAUCGAGGAGACGGAACGAUCGCUGCACGACGCAAUCAUGAUCGUGCGGCGCGCCCUCAAGAACGACGCCGUGGUUGCCGGAGGAGGAGCCAUCGAGAUGGAGCUGUCCAAACACCUGAGGGAUUAUUCCCGGUCCGUUGCCGGGAAGGAGCAGCUGCUCGUCGGCGCUGUGGCGAAGGCGUUGGAAGUGAUUCCGAGGCAGCUGUGUGACAAUGCUGGACUCGACGCCACAAACAUCCUGAACAAGCUGCGUCAGCGACAUGCCGCGGGAGACCGCUGGGCGGGAGUGGACAUCAACGAUGAGGACGUCGCGGACAACCUCAAGGCCUGCGUCUGGGAACCGGCUGUCGUCAAGUGCAACGCCAUCGUGGCGGCCACGGAAGCGGCGUGCCUCGUGCUCAGCGUAGACGAAACCAUCAAGGCCCCAAAAUCAGGAGGGAACGACGAGGGCCGGAGGCCCUUCUAGAAACUGUCGUUGUUUUUUGUACGACUCUGCUGCUCUUAAACCCACAAAUUUUUUUUCAAUAAAAGUUGUAAGUUAUUUC